AUGGCGGCCGCGCCCGGCGAUGAGGUUCCGAUGCCUUUGGCGGCCCCUGUUCUUCCGGCCAUGGCUGUUGCUGGCUGGUCCUCGCUACCGACGGACCUCGUGCGCCGCAUCGCCGACUGCCUCCUCGACACCAACGACGUCGACUGCUAUGUGGACCUCCGCGCCGUCUGCCACAACUGGCGCUCCGCCACCGAGGAUCCGAGGAGCGACGCCUCCGACCCCCGCUUCCACCCGCGCUUCUGGAUAGUCCUCGACGUCGACGGGGCCUUCCAGAGCGACGGCUGCCGGGUCUUGGUGAACACCGCCACCGGCCGCUUCCUCCGCAAGCAGCUCCCGCUGCCCCGUCACUACUACGUGGUCACCACCACUGUCAGUGGUUUCUUCGUCCUGGCCGACAGGAGCCCGCCUCACGCCGCUCGCGUCCUGAACCCUCUCACAGGCGCUGUGGUCCGUUUCAAGGCGCCCGUGCCCCGGCACACGUCGGUCGCUGUUUUCUUCUUCUCUGGCGGCACUCUGCACAAUCUCACCGUCCUCUGUGACUCAACUGGCAAGUAUUACACAGCAGUUCCUGAGAGCAAACGUUUCGCCCCCGAGACCACCAACAAUGCUAUUUACAAUUACAUGAGGAAUGCGGUGGUCGGCGGCGUGUACGCCAAUGGCGGCGGCUGGGCAUCGGUGGCGCAGUCUAAUGUCAUCAUGGAGAAUUUGUUCAAUUUGUCGGAGCAGCUUCAGGUUCAUUUCAUCAAGUUUUUCUCUGUCGACCCUCUUGGACAUCGCGGCGACGUCAGGUGUUUCCUACUGGAUUUUGGUGGAGAAGUCUUUUUCAUCACAAAGGCAUGGGGACGCGUUAUGGUUCUCGGCAUCGAACCGAUGGAGAAACAGACGCUCGCGCCUGUGGAGACCGUGGGCAGGUAUGCCAUCUUCAUCGGUCAUCAAAGGUGCCUGGUUGUUGGUGCCGCCAAGUUCCCAUCCGUUGAGGCAGACUGCGUCUACUACACUCUAGACGUUGGUAAAUUUGCUUUCAUCUGGAAGCACAGCAUCAGUGAUGGGAAAGAUGAGAGGGUGUUUGACGCCAUCGAUUUCGUCAAGGAGAACAAGCGGUUCGUCCCUGUCGGUGCCCGUCCUUUCACUAUCAUCCAGCUUCUCUCGAGCUACACCAUCAACCUCAGCGAUUCUGAACUGGCCUGA